AUGGGGCUUACUGAACUACCCCUUGAGUUGAUCAAGACGAUCGCUGAAGCUUUAGAGUACGAACGGGAUAUCAAUGUGCUUGUCCAAACCUGCCGACGCUUGUACCAGGCACUGAAUACCUUCCUCUACCGAAACAACAUUCGCAACUUUGCAGGCAGCGGACUUGCCACUGCCGCAGCGGCCGGUAUUGAACCCGCUGUCAAAAGAUUCCUCGAUGAAGGAGCCAAUUAUAACGCCUUUACCUCUAGGACGCCACUAAUUCAAGCAACUAUUUUCGGACAUAAUAGUGUCGUUGAGCUGCUCGUAAGGAGGUGCCCUAAUCUACAUCUAGACGCCCAGGAUAACAUCAAUUUUCGCUCAGCGUUGUUUUGGGCAGCAUCGCUGGAGAAUGAAGAAUUAGUAACAUUGUUACUUGCUAAAGGAGCAGACAUCAACCUAACAGAUGAUUACGGCGAUUCCCCAUUGAUCGUGGUAGCUGAGGGAGGGAGUACUAAAGCAGUAAAAUGGCUGCUUAAUAAUGGGGCAGACGUGGAGCACAAGAAUAAGUUAGGCGACAAUGCUUUAACAAUCGCUGUCGAAUACGGAAACGAAGAGAUUAUCAAACUCUUACUUGAGAAAGACGUUGACAUAGAUGUUAUGAAUGGGGGGGAUCAUACUGCCUUAUCCCUAGCAGCUGAACAAGGGCACCUAGGGAUAGUCAAGCUCUUAUUGCAGAAAGGGGCCUCAACCAAUGUUGUGAAUGAAAACGGCAUGAGUCCUCUAGCUGUUGCGGCAGAAGGCGGUCAUGUGGAAACCAUGGAAAUUUUGAUUGAGAAUGGGGCUGAUAUCAAUUUCCGGGAUAGCAACGGUAGCUGUCCUUUGAUCAUUGCAAUGGACGAUAAUCAUAUAUCAGCCUUCAAACUCCUGCUUGAGAAAGGGGCUGAUAUCGAGAAUGAGGAUGAUACCGGUAGCACCCCGCUGCAUGUGGCUGCACCGCUAGAGAAUAAAGAAUUCACCAAGCUACUACUUGAACGUGGAGCAAAUAUAGAAACUCAAGACUCUGGGGGGAAUACACCUCUAUCGUCUGUUAUGAGCAAAGGGUCUCUUGAAUCUGCCACGCUACUGCUUGACCACGGGGCUAAUAUUGAGACUCGGGAGGAGGAUGAGAAAACACCUUUAUUCAUCGCGUCAUGCUCUGGGAAUAUAGAUCUUGUCAAACUUUUACUUGAGCGCGGAGCCUCCGUAAACGUCAAGGAUAGAUUUGGUCGAACUCCAUUGUCCGUUGCAAUUGCAAAUAACAAUGUUAUGUUACGCGAUAUCUUGGUCGAAAAGGGUGCGUGUAGUCAUGACAUCAAUACCGCAAGUCGCAACUAG